GUCCGACGCGGGGGCGCUGGAUCGUUAAGUUAAAGCUGUCCUAUCUGGUGCCCCAACAGAAAGGACUGACACAUUCCGGAUUCCAGCAGAAGCCAGUUGACGUUUCGACCAGGCAAGGAUGCCGUAACACAGGUUUCAGAAGGCGAAAUGGUCCUGAUGAGGACCCGUAGGGUUUCGCCGGGCGUCAGCUCUAAAACCCCAGCCUAGAGGCGGGGCGAGGUUCUGCAGGCGGAAGCCCGCCGGGAGACAGGGGGCGGAGGAACGGAAAUGACGGUUAGGAGCAUCAAUGGGGCGGGGGAGGGCUUGUCUCUCCGUCCCCUUGCGUACGGUUUUCGGUAGCGGCGUCUGAGAGGGGCGGGGGAAAGGUGGCCAGUUCGAGUCCUGCGACCCUUGGCCCCCAGCGAUCCCGCAUUUUUGCAGACAUUCCAAGAUGAUGGGCUGUGAGAAGUCAGAGCUAGAGUCGGUGGGAGGGGGCGGGGCCUUGGCGGCCCCAGGGCCACCCCCAGAACCUCGCGCCCCGGACCCCGCAGUCCCAGUGCCCGAGCCCGGUCUGGACCUGAGCCUGAGCCUGAGCCUGAGCCCGCGGUCAGAGAGCCCUGGGCUGUCCACCCGCAGCCCGGGACAGCGGAAGGGGCGGGCGGCCCGGCGUGGCGGGGCCCGCAAGGGGCGGCAGGUCCGCUUCCGCCUGGCGCCGCCCUCCCCGGUCCGGUUCGAGCCGCCGCCGGCCGCCGCCCCACCGAGCGAGAAGCCCGCGGCGCCGAAGGACCUGGGGACGCCCUCGCAACAGAGCAGCCUGGCCCUGAGCCUCGAGCUGCAGGCCGCGCGGGCCGCAGCCGGGGGACAGUUUGAUGCCGCGAAGGCCGUGGAGGAACAGCUGAGAAAGUCGUUCCAGACCCGCUGCGGCCUGGAGGAGAGCGUGGCCGAGGGGUUGAAUGUGCCGCGCUCCAAGCGGCUCUUCCGGGACCUGGUGAGCCUGCAGGUACCCGAGGAACAGGUUCUGAACGCCGCGCUGAGGGAGAAAUUGGCGCUUCUGCCGCCGCAGGCCCGAGCCCCGCUCCCAAAGAUACAUUAUUUUAUGAAUCUCCACACCUGACCCUGGAAGGUUUGCCCCCUCUCCGGCUUCAACUCCGGCCCCGCCCUUCAGAGGAUACUUUUCUCAUGCAUCGGACACUGAGACGAUGGGAAGCAUAGACUUGGCGGCUCCCUGGAUUGCUAGUUCAUAUUUUUGUUUAAACUAUUUAUCAGAAUAAAGCGGUUUUGCUAACAAA